AUGGUUUUCAACUUAGGAGGGGAAUCACUCAACGGGUACCACGUCCUUGUCGAUCCAUCUCCAUCAAGAGCCGCUUCUAAAUUGAAGUCUAAGAAAACCCAACCACCUCCAAAUACCACGAACCCCAUCGAUUGGGCACUGUCUCUUCCCAAGUACACGCACGGCCCUCUUCCCUCAUCCUCUGAUUUUCUCCACCGUUAUAAAUUUGGUCAGCAGCUUGAGGGAAAGCCCAGAAGAAGACUCCGCCGGAAAUUGACGUCAUCGGCUGCCAUGUUUUCAGAAAAUCCGCUAGUUAGUGACGUCAUUUCCACCGCCUUGUCUGGUGGGAUUGCUCUAUCUUUGCUUAGAUUGUGGGAAGAAACAGCUAAAAGAGGGCUCUUUGACCAGAAACUGAAUAGGAAGCUUGUACAUGUUUCGGUCGGAUUAGCUUUCAUGCUAUGCUGGCCUAUGUUCAGCUCCGGUCGUCAGGGAGCUGUUAUAGCAGCUCUUGUUCCGGCUAUCAACAUAAUCAAAAUGCUUCUUUUGGGACUCGGAAUAUGGAAAGAUGAUGCAACUGUCAAGUCCAUGAGCAGAUUUGGAGACCACAGGGAACUUCUUAAGGGACCAUUGUAUUAUGCCUCUACAAUCACUUUGGCCGGUGCAAUCUACUGGAGAACUUCUCCUAUAGCAAUUGCAGCAAUCUGUAACCUCUGUGCCGGAGAUGGAAUAGCUGAUAUCGUGGGAAGGCGGUUUGGAAAGCAUAAACUUCCCUAUAACAGAAACAAAUCAAUUGUUGGUAGUAUUGCUAUGGCAACUGCUGGUUUCUUGGCUUCUAUUGGAUACAUGCACUAUUUCUCCUUGUUUGGGUAUGUUCAAGAAACUCCCGCGAUGGUUCUGGGAUUUUUUAUGGUGUCCCUUGCCGCCGCACUGGUUGAAUCCCAUCCUUUAAGUACUGAGCUUGACGACAACUUGACAGUUCCACUCGCCUGUGUGUUGGUUGGCAGUUUUGUUCUCUGA